CGUUACAGACAUUAGGACCUGUCUUUUAAAUUUGAUAUUAGCGUCUAGAUGUUAUUUUCUGAAGUUAUAGUAAUGAGCGCAUGCGCAGGAGGAGCAUAUAAUUUCUCUUUCAAAAUCAGUUGCUUGUAAGAUAGUGUUGCAAUUAACUAUUAUCAAUGCUAGUCUUUGAAAUCAAGAUUUUCUUUUAAGUAAUAUCGAUUCACUUGUUAAUUAACCACACAAAAAUAAAGACCUCAUCAUGGAAAAUAACCAGAGUUUGAGAACUAGAUCAGCUAAAAAGAUGCGGGAAAAUAAGAUUGCUUCUGGAAAACCAAUUGAUCAGGCUAAAAAUAGGGGCAAGCCAAAUGAAAGAAAUACAACGUUGAAGAUUGAUAUGUGUGAUUGCUUGGAUAGAACUUGUGAGGGGUGUUGGUUUCCAUGUAAGAAAUGCUCUUCAACAAAGUGUGGACACGAAUGUCGGAAGACUCGCUCUUGGGAGUAUGUAAGUUACUUAGUGGAAGGCAGUGACGUCACUGUAGAAAAUCCUCUUUUAAAAGAGUGAACCUGUAAAAUAUUUUAAUUCCUAUUUUUUUAAAUAAAUAGGUUUUUAUUGCUG